AUGGCGCCAUCGAAUAUCCUGAUCCUCGUACUUGUAGCCCUUCGCGUACCGAUUCUGCAGGCCGUGAUCUGUCGCAUCAUUCGAAUCAUGGUCGACAACAAAGAAACGGAUGCCCCAACUGCCGAACGACAGCUUGCCGGCUCUUUUGGAAAGAAUGAGAGUGAAGAAGUCUUGCCACUAAUGCUUGCAUCUAUGGUGCAGAAACCAAUUGAGAUCAAGGUUGGACGAGCCAACAGAGGAAAGUUCGUGAAGGGGACCGAAAAAGAACGAUCACAAGUGGUUGGUCAUCUCGGGAAGCGGCUGGAGUAUUGUUUUCCUUUUGGUGGGGUUGGUUUCAGUUCUUCGUGUAUCGGGAUUGUUCUUACUACUUUGUCCAUUGAAGUAAUUCGAAUGGAUCUUUCCAACGUCGGAAGUACAGACGUUGCUUUGGAUUUGCUUGGAACCGGCCUUGUCCCGGUGCGGCUCGUCAAGGACACUGAGUUGCCGGAGGGCAUCAAGAAGCUACACGUGAAAGAAAAAGGAGAAGAAAUAGAAGCAACCGAUGGGUUUGUUCUCCUGGCUGGGGCCUUGAAACAUGAAAUUCCCAAAGACUUCGGUACUGAGGCAUCCAUCAAGCAGGUGCACCCCGAGGAACAAGAAUUAGUGGUUGUCGAUUAUCUUGCCUCGGGUGCCUUUGCCAACGUUGUACAGCUCGGACCGGAAGAGUUUAUGAAGAUACCGAAACCAGCGGCUCUGGCAACAAGCUUAGAAGGAGAAGCAGAUAUUUUGAUGUGGCAAACACAUUCCGUGCACAUCAUUACGAAUGUGUACGAGGCUCUCAAAUACGCUCACAGCAAGUCCAUUUAUCACUUGGAUGUACGACCUGGGAACAUCAUUGUGAAGGUUGAGGAAGAAAAUGAAGAACCAUCUGUGAUGCUCUCUGAUUGGGGAUGCUCUGUUCAAGGCAAGCGGGCACUGAAAUCUUUUCAUGGCUGUACACCAUAUGCCCAUGACCGCCUUCUUGGAGAUGAUUUCCAUGGCAGGCUCGCCGCGGAUCUGGACUUUGCAUCGCUAGCAUACACAAUCGAUCACAUCAAGCACCAUCAGCUGCGAUGGAUGUUCCAAUUCGACCGUCCUAAGAACGUAUGCACUGACGACUUGGACUUGCGUCGGGAGUUGGUGAGAGAAUGGCUUGGACAGCAAGACCCAGCGCAGGAACCAUCGUGGCUGGAGAUUUCCGAGACGAUCCGAGAAAGCAUGUGUGCCGCAUGCCGUCUUAACGUCCGUCGCUCUCUUCGCGACAAAAAAGAGAAUCCAGAAGAGAACGCAGCAGUCCCCUUGGAAGAUUCGGUUACAAAUGCCCCGACCAAAGAAUCCAAAAAAGUGAAGACAGAGGCUGUGGGGGUGGGAAAUGAAAAGACCAAAAAGAGAAAGGCCAGUGAGGCGGUAGCCACUCCUUUGUAG